ACUAGUAAUAAAAAGGAAAAUCAGUUGUAUAUUACAGGUUUGCCACCAGAAACAAAUGCUAAAGAAUUAAAACAAGAACUGCAACUUUUGAUACCCGAUUCUUUGAUUGAUAGCAUUGAACUGGAAUACAAACCCCCAUUUAAAAUGGUAGAGGAUGAUAUGCUUACAAUGAGAUCAAUUAUAAUUGAUGCAUGCAAAAAAGUUACUUUUCAUGGGGAUUUUAAUGUGAUAAUUCCAAAACCAAACCCCAAAGAUCUCGACAUGGUAGUUUAUAUUGAUGUGCUAAAUAAUGAAGACUUGAAUUUGAUUGGGGAUGCUUUGUCUGGAGUUGUUGUGGAAAAUAAAAAAUGUAUAACUAAAAUUAUGUAUAAUCUUGUUGUUAAAUGUAAUAAAGAACUUUGUAAAGUUCUAAAACAUGCUUUCAUUACUGAAUUGGAACAGGUCAAACAGGAUGUUAAAAAACUCUUCGAGAAUAAUAAUGAUUUUGAAAUUGGCUUUAGCAUCGAUUUAGAAAGUGAAGAGAAAGCUUUGAUUAAAAUAACAUCAAAUAACAAUGAAGUAUUGUCUCUUUUACACAGGAAAGUUAAUGAUUUACUAGCAGGUGAUGUGUUAAGUUCGGAAACAAUUAAUGAUUUAGAAAAUAUAUUUUUUUAUGGUGGGCAGAUAUGGUUAAAAAAUUUAGAACAAGCUGAAAAUGUGCAUAUUGUAGUGGAUAAUAAAAAGAAAACACUUACUUUAUAUGGAUCUCAUAUUGCAUGUGAUAAUGCGAAAUACCAAAUUACUUUGUUUCUUGAAGAUGCUGAUAAUCAUUUGAUUCAGACUAUUUCUUUAACAACAGAACAGAAUAACAAUAUUUUAUUAAAAGCCUUCAUCAAAAAAUAUAGUAUGAAUCUGGAUAAUUUUAUUCAAUCUUGUGAUCUAUAUUCAGCUGCCUUGGAUAUUAAAGCUCACCAACUACUCAUUCGAGGUAGUGCAGGGAGUAUAGAAAAAGCUGAAAAGUGUAUAAAAGCUUUAUCUGAUGAAUUAGAUAUAAUCAUCCCAGAUGUGGAACAGUCACAUGAAAUUUGUCCUGUUUGUCUCGGUCCAGCAUAUAAUUUAACUUUUCGUCUUGAACACUGUGGGCAUUUAUAUUGCCUUGAAUGUAUACAAGCUCUAAUUGAACAAGCACAGUUUCCUCUUCGUUGUUGUGAUGAAAAUUGUUUGAAAGAUAUAGUUGUCAAAGAUAUCCGGAAAAUCCUGAAAGAUGACCCUGUUAAGAUCAAGGCUUUACUUGAAAAAUCAAUGAAAGAUUACCUUGAGAGGAACCGAGAGAACAUUUUUUAUUGUCCAGCCCCAUAUUGUUUAAUGUUUAUUUAUAAAAAGGAGUUGUCAGAUAGGAUUAACUGUCCUCUUUGUAAAAAUGACAUUUGUACCAAGUGCAAUGUUAUAUACCAUGGUGGAUAUAACUGUGAAAUGUAUCAGAAUUCAAAGAAAGAUCCGGACUACUCAUUUAAGAUAUGGCAGAAAACUGUUUCACAAUGUAAACAAUGUCCAAGAUGAAAAACUGCAAUUGAGAAAGUUGAAGGCUGUAACCGCAUGAGAUGUAGUUCUUGCUGUGGAAUAUUCUGUUGGAUAUGUUUAAAGGUAUUUGGAACUAUUAAUGAAGCUUAUGAUCAUAUAGAUGCUGCUCAUCCAGGAUUGUUAUUUGCCUGAAAUAACAUUAAGUAGUUAUCAAUGAAAGAUUGCUAAUAAAAUGAAAAUGUAGUUGAAUUUACAAAAUCAAGUGUAAUAAUUUAUUAUGAAUCAGUCAUAUGCGAGAUGAUGUGCAAGAAAAUAUGUGAUAAUCUGUUGAAUCUAUCUGCAAAUCUUUUUUCUCAUUUGUAGUUCACUAUUUAUAGACUUUAAGAAUAAUUCAAUAUUUAUAUAAAUUUAAAUAAUUGUAUGAUCAAAAAAAUAUUGUUGUUUCAGUAAUUUCAAACAUGGAAAAAAAAUCAUUGUUCAGUGCAAAUAAUAUAUAAAAUGCAACGCAUCAACUGAAAAAAUUGUUGGAAGCACUGGCAUCAUCUUUGCAUCCUGAAAGGAUUCAUUUAAAUAUGAAGGAAUUCCAUCUUCAAAUUGAGCUUUAUUCUCAUGGAUAUUUCUCAUAACUGAAUUUUACAUGUAUAAAAUAGCAUUGUGUAGUGCAAGAAAAUAAUUCAGUCAAUUAACUGUGAAAUUAGUAUAUUUUUAUAUAUGUGUAGAUUCAUUGUUUUGCUCAUCUGACAUAUUGAUCAUUAUUUUGCAAUAAAUUUAAUACAUGACAAGUGUACCAAUUUUCCCCUAGUUUUUUUUAUAGCUUUUUGUUAUUUAAAA